UGAUUUUGUACAUACUUAUCAAUCAACAAAUACAUAUUAUUAUUUAAAACAACAAAUAGUAUAAUAUAAAUUGUUGUUUAAUAAUUAAUAAAUAAUAAAAAAAUAUGGUUCUUUUUGAAGUUGAUGAAUUGGUCAAAGACCUAGAAAAAGCUGAGCUAGAGGCUGAAAACUGUAUUGCAACACCAGAAAUAUAUUCACAAUUAUUAGCUGUUUAUCUUUAUCAAAAUGAAUUGUGUCAUGCAAAAUAUUUAUGGCAAAGAAUCCCCAAGAGUGUUAAAUCAAGUUGUUCAGAAUUAUCACAAAUAUGGAUUGUUGGACAAAGAAUGUGGCAAAGAGAUUGGACAGCAGUACAUACAGCACUUAAUAAUGAGUGGUCUGAACAAGUUGCUAACAUAAUGCUUGCACUUAAAGAAAAUGUACGUGAACGUGCAAUGUCAUUAAUAUCAGAGGCAUAUUCAUCAGUUAAUUUGACAGUACUUGCAUCAAUGACAGGCUUAUCACUUGAUGAAUCACGUCAAAUUGUAUUGGAUCAUGGAUGGACAAUUGAUGAUACAACAGUUUUACCUUGCAAAGUUGAUAAAGAUUUACCAUCACGUGAUGCCCUUACUGAAGAUCAACUAAAUAAACUUACACAAUUUGUUUCAUUCCUAGAAAAUUAAUUGUUAAAAAAGCAUUUUGGUACAAUCAAAAACCACAAAAUUUAUCAAGAUAAAUAUACAUCACCGACAACGACAACGACAACAAC